UCAUUAUGUCCACAUGGUUAAUGUUAUUUUGACACCGACGUAUUUCCCUCAGACUUUGUAAGAUUGUAACUUUGAGGAGGUUUCGACGCAUCAAAUAUGGGAAAAUCGAAGAAUAAGAGAUUCCGUUCAAAAAAGGCACAGCCGACUGGUUUGCAGAGUGUGAAGGAAAUACAAGCAGAGGAAGAAGAACUCGGCAGCGGCACGUCCACGACCUCCUCGGACACCGUACAGCUGAAGACAGUCGGAGUGUUGGAGAAGCUUCAAAGUAGCUCUGCUGAGGAGAGAGAAUGUGCCUGCACAUCUCUGGCAAACUUGGUCCAGGAUCCCCAAGCACUGCAGACCUUGGUCCAACAGAAAGCAGUGCGUAGUCUUGGUCCUCUUCUUGUAGACCCAUCAUCAGGUAUCCGAGAAGCUGCAGCUGGAGCUUUGAGGAAUCUGACUGUAGCAGGUGGACAUGAUAUCUGUGACCAUAUGGUAGAUGAAGACAUCAUGACCCCUCUAGUUGCAUUCCUACUUCAAUAUUCAGAUGGAAUUCCACAGACCUCUACAAAGCAUAAAGAGAAUAAGAUGCCUCAGCAUGACUCAAGUUUGGAAGCAUUAGUGCAAGCUGUACAUCUUGUCUGGAAUUUAUGUGAGAGUAACAGUACAGCAGUAGCCAUAGCUAAUCAACAAGGUUUAGUCACAGUCUUCCUCCACUGUCUUCAAGCCCACCAAACUAUGGUGGAUCUAGCCAUCUGUGCAGCACAAUGUCUCCACACCUUCACAGAGGACAACCUAUUGGCUGCACAAGAACUCUGCAAGCCAGAUCGGCUAGCCGUGUUAGAGAGUGCACUCAUGUGUGAGAACUCCUCUAUGAAGUUGACGCAACUUCAGACUCUGACUGCUGGAAUCUUGUUCAAUAUCAGGGGUUGUUUGCCGGCCACCAGUAGAGGGCAGAGUUUCCAAGCCCUCGUGAAGGUGCUUGCUACAACACUUCAGCCUGAUAACUGUGCGGCAAUCUCAUCCCUAGUCCCUGGCAUUCAAACAAAUGGAAAUGUUCAGAAUGGAGAAGUUGAGAAAGGAAAAGAAGAAGAAGACGACGCAGCAACAAGUAAAACGUUGCCAUGGAAACUAGAAAGUGAUCUUUCUGAAGCAGAGGCCCUACUUCAAGCCCAGCAGGUUGCAUUAGAAAUCAUCUCAAAUAUGUGCUGUCCUGAAGAUGAUGAUGAUGAUUGGGAAGAUAUGGAGUCAUGUAGUACAAGCAGUAGUAGCAGUGAUGACAAUCAAGAAAGAACAGAAGAUGUAGCACCACCACCUAUCAUGUCUCCUUUAUGCCUCUCAGCCGAAAUUCACAGUGCUUUAUCAGACCAGUGUAUACCAACUAAGAUCCUAGAGAAAAUAAAUUUUCCUGACAGAACACUACUUCAAAAGUUGAUAUCACAUAAGGAAGGCAAGCCAUUAUUCAAAGGCCUCCUUAGAGUCCAGAGCAGAGCCCUUCUUUGUCUUCAUAACAUGGUUGCAGCGAUGGAGCUGGAAUCAUUAGGGGGUCAACAAGCCCUGGCCUUGCUUCUAGAUAAGCUCCUUGUCCUAGCAAUGAAUGAACCAGUUCCAGUUGGUGGUGAAUUGAUAGAGGCUUUGACUAGUGCACUGAGAGCUGUCCUUCAGAAAAUGGCUCAAAAUAAUUACGUCCCAGAGGCAUUGACAGAGGUACACCUGACCAGGCUAUGUUCAUUUGGUGAGGCUAACGCAUCGAAUAGAAUCAAAGUAAACCUUGUAGGAGUGCUUGGUAGCAUAGGUAGUGUCUUGGCUAAAAGAGAUAGAACAGAAGAACUGCUCACGGCUGUUGGAAACCAGCUGCUAGAAGUGGCCACUAAGGAUGGGUCUCUGUGGGUAGCAGCAGAGGCCCUGGAUGCAAUCUUUGAUACCUUUGGUGAUGGAGUAAUGGCCGAUAGGGUGGCCAUCGAACUAGGACUGACUGCUCGUCUGAAAGCCUUGGUGCCACAGCUCAAAUCAAAGUUACGGCAAUGUAGAGGAACCUUGGGUGAACACUUGCCCAUCAUCAUGAAUGCAAGGACAAACCUAGGAAGGUUCAUCAAGUAUAAAGAGAAUCAAGAGCUUCUACUUGGCACCUAUCCAUCUGCUUAAACCAGUCACACCUUCCCUCAACCAGUUCUUCAGUCUUCCCUUCUCUCCCAACCCUCCCCCACUUCUCAUACUUGUGUUUUUCCUCAUUGUUUUUGCUCACUUUCAUUCCUUUUUUCCAUUUUCUUCCUCAAAUUGUCAGUCUUCAAAUUUUAUAUUCCCUCAAGGGUAGUGUUUCAUAAAGCAAGUGAUUCUCACCAAUUUGUCCUGAGCCAAUCAGAUCCAAGGAUUUCAGUAGCUUAUUACAGUUGCUAAUAAAAAUCACUGACAUAGCUGCUUCAUGAAAUGCUCCCUUGUUCUUUUUCACCUUAUUGGAUUCCUCCUUCAAACCUUCAUUUCUCCUUUUGUUACUCUUCUUUUCACGUCCUGAUGUUCUUUUCAUCAUUUUCAUCCCUCUUUUUUUCCUGUCAUCCUUUAAUCACCAUGUACAAGUUAGAUACCGCUGUACCACUUCCUAUCAUUAAAUCUGUUUGGAUUUUUCUUUGAGUGUGUAAAUAAGCAAUAUUUAUUGUAAAUAUGAAUAGUAAAAAGAGAUAUAUUUUAACUUUUCUCAUUGCCAAACAGAAGCUUCCCGAGUCAGUUUUAUGCAGGCUUAAUUCUUCCAUGUAUAAGUAUAUGUGUGAGAUCAUUAUUGUAAAUAAUUUAUGAAAAAGAAUCCAAGUAAUAAUGAGAAUGUGACCAGGGGAGGGUUUGCUUCAAAUGAAAGUUUGCAUACAAUCAUGCAUACUUUUAAUGAUGUUGAAUAUAGCAAGCCUAGCUGUAAUUUGAUUUCUCAAUUAUUGAACCGCAUCUGGCAGUCAUGAAAUAUGCAGGGAUACAUUUUGAUUGAUAUUUGUUAAUGAUUCGCAGGCAUUGAUAAUACAAGGUGUAUUUUUUGGCCACAAUCUGAAUGGAAUAAUUGAAAAUAUGUUGUAUUUUUGUUCCUUUAAAAACUUGAGGUAUCUCAUUUUAUAGAAUUUUGUAUUCACGUCUUUAAUAAAGUUAUGCAUAAUGUUAUGAAUGGAUUUGUCUUUCACUCAUGGCACAGCAUAGCUUAGCAAUAUUUUGGGUUUAAAGUCAAUGAUAUAUGUGUAACACAUAUUGUUAACAUAUAUCUGAACACCCUAAAAAUUGUUGCUGAGCUUUGUCAUAUCUUUAUGAGGUUUUGGGUUUAUUUAUUAGUUAUUUCAUUACAGCAAAAGAAUGUCCUUCAAAUUGAAUAUACAUUGUCAAUAUUGUACAUACAUAUAUUUUUAUUUCAGGUAUUUUAAAUUUUUACCAUUUUCAGCAUACAGGACUUAGUUUUUAUUGGUUUUGAGCUUGCUUUAAUGGCUAUUUACAGAAGUGAAUGUUUUAAUGGUGGUAGAGUUCAGUUGUGAAAAAUCACAAAAAUGAAACCACCCUAAAGUUAUAGUAUUGCAAGAAGAUUGAGAGAUUCACUAUUAUGUGAAUGAAUCUAAGGUUAUUUAUUAGAUGUCAUGUGGGAAAUCCAUAUUACUUUGAGAAUGCUAUUGCGAACUAUAAGUAAAUUGAUGAUUAUGAGGUGUCAUGUAAAAUUCUAAUUAGUACUGACCAGUAGGUUUGCCCAUGUCAAAUCUAUUUUAACCACAGAUGUCCGUUUAACAUGGAGAGAUUCAACCUAAAGAGGUAUUUGAAAUUUUACAUAAUGGACAAGUUUACGUGUAGUUUGAAUUUUGUGUGAAUUAGUGAUGCUUAGACUGCCACGAUGGCAAUCGUCUUCUGGCUUUGAAAUGUGUUAAACCGUCUAUGAAAUGGUGACCACAUUUUCUGAUUUUGCAUGACAACUGUUGAUGAACUUGUACAUGUUGAGUUGUAGGGUCAUAGAAAGUGAAUAGAGAAAGGGUAAGCAAAUCUCUACAGAGAGUGUGCCCAUUUUGCCACAUUAGCAGGUUUUGUUCAAUGUUUAAAAAAAAUAAUAAUCACAAUAAUUACUGAAAUCCCUAAGUUGGUAAUGUGAUAAGAAAAAUCAUUGUUCAUCCAUGCCUAUUGGCAAAUAUUUGAUACAUUAACAUCUUCUUUAUUGAUACAUGUAUCAUGUAUAAGUACCUAAACUUUAAAAUAAAUUAUGUAGCAAUGUAAGAAAUAUAGUCCUACCAAUUUGAAGAUUAAAAGUUGAUUAAAUGAGGAUUCUGGUAUAUCAUUGACAAAAAUGGGUAGAAGUAUAGAUUGCUAAUGUCAAAGUUGCAGGUUUGUCUUUGUCAUCAUGUAACCUUAUCAUUAAUUUGAUUUUAUAUUGUCUAUCCCCCAAUGCCUCAAUUGCCUUAUUAAUGGAAGGCUACCAGUAUUAUCAAAGAGUAAAAUUCAGACUGUAUCAUCAUACUUACAAGUGAAUUGAUAAACAUUUAAACUUUUAGACUUGAAUCUAUGAUUGGCAAAAUUGCUUAUUUGAAUGAAACUAAUCUUGGAAAAGUUGAAUUUUAAAUAAAUUUCUUCAAAAUUAUGUGUUUAGUAAUCUUCAUACGUCAGUCAAUGUUUGCAAAACUGAGGGACUUGUAUGGAUAAUAGUACACUCACCGGUGGUGAAGUUGCAGUAAUGAGUUUGGAAAGUAAAGAAAACUUAUACAAAGUCUUGAGAUGGCUGUAGAGAUAUUUCGUUACUUUACCCUAGGAUUCCCAAACAAGAAAAUCAUGAAUGAUACCACAACUUUAUUUUUGCUUUGU